UCUGGAGGUCAGCACCAAACACCCAGAAUACCUACGGUGAACGCCUUUUCGACUCAAAAUACUUCAGGUAAACAUAUUCAAUGUGUUUAUUGUAAAGAGCCACACUUUUCGGCAUCGUGUGAUAGAGUAACUGAUGUGAAUGAUCGCAAGAGUAUAUUGAGGAGAGACAAUCGUUGUUUUGUAUGCCUGCGAAUCGGGCAUCUCAGUAAAAAUUGCGAGUCAAAGAAGAAUUGUAGACGUUGUCAUGGGGCUCAUCAUCAAUCGAUUUGUGAAGUGAUUAAGCCAAGUUUUACGCCUCCUCAACAAAAGAAUGCAAAUGAUCCCAAACUUUCCCCCACUGGAAACAACCUACCAGAAACCAAGGAAGGAAACAACGUUCGCACAGCUACUAUGAUUGAUGGAGAUAAUUACUUAACGACGAAUACGGCAAAAACGCGUAAUCAAGUUCUUCUGCAAACAGCUAUUACAUACGCCAAUGGUGGGAAUGGUUCCAUUCCUAUACCUGUUCGCGUGCUUUUGGACAGCGGUAGUCAGCGCACUUAUGUCACAAAUUCAUUAAAAACCCGGCUUGGACUAGUUCCCAUCAGAAAAGAAGUUGUUAAUUUAAAUACCUUUGGCAACCAACAUUUCACAAAGCAAAAAUGCGACUUGGUUCAUUUGUCCCUGAAAGGAAAGAAUGGAAAUCGAAUCAUAACAGCUCUUUGCUUCCCAAAUAUUUGCUCUCCGUUAACAACGACAAUUGAUCUCAAUCAUUAUCCUCAUCUGAUGGAGUUGCAGCUUUCCGAUACCAAUAUCCUCUCUGGACGACAGACGGACAGCAACAUCGACAUUCUAAUUGGAGCAGAUUAUUAUUUUGAUAUCAUGACAGGCGAGAUUAUAAGAGGUGAAGGUGGUCCUGUUGCGAUUAAUAGUGAAUUUGGCUGGAUUAUCACUGGACAGAUGAAUGAUGGUGAAACUAAUUCGAAAUUGUCAAACGUUAAUUUAAUCAUCGAAGAUUACUCUUUUUCAAAGGAAUUUCCGCUUGACAAGAGAGAACCCAAAUUACAUGAAUGCUUGAAACGGUUUUGGGAGAUCGAAUCAAUGGGAAUCAAAGAAUCCAACGAAUCACAGGAUCAGGAGUUUCUGAAGAAUAUACAAUAUCUGGAGGAUGAAGGGAGAUAUGAAGUGAACUUACCUUGGAAAAGGGAAUAUAUUCCAAAAUCAGACUGUUACGGUAUGUGUUUGAAACGAUUACAACAGUUGAAAUCUCGUCUCGAUAAAGAUAAACCCUUAUUGCAAGAAUACGAUACAAUUAUCAAAGAUCAAGUGAAAAGAGGAAUUAUUGACCCAGUUCUUGUUGCACAUGAAACCGGUUAUUUCCUACCCCAUCAUGGCGUACUUCGAGAAGAUAAGGAAACUACAAAACUUCGCGUGGUUUUCGAUGGUUCGGCAAGAGCUACUAAGGAAGAGCAGUCACUCAAUGAUUGCCUUGAAAAGGGACCAAAUUUGGUUCCACUUUUAUUUGACACUAUGAUAAACUUUCGAGGCUUCCCCAUUGGGCUUGCUGUUGAUAUCGAAAAGGCUUUUCAUCAAAUACAAAUUGCUCCCGAAGACAGAAAGAUGCUGAAGUUUCUUUGGUUUGACGAUAUUAACCAAGUUCAACCGAUGCUAAAGGAAUACAAGUUCCGACGCCUACCAUUUGGUCUAACCCCAAGUCCUGCAAUAUUAUCUACUGUUAUUCGUCACCACGUUUCGAAAUACAGGGAUGUCGAUCCAGAAAUAGUCUCCUUAUUAAUCGAGUCGUUAUAUGUUGACGAUUUCGCUGGAGGAGCUUCUAAUGAGGACGAAGCUCUAUACAUCUAUCAUAGAUCUCGAAAAUUAAUGAGCGAGGGAGGAUUCAAGCUUCGAAAAUGGCAUUCAAACUCGCAACAUGUCCGAAAUGUUAUCGCGAAUGAUGAAGAUCGACCGUUUGUUGAGGUGGAAAAUGAAAAGGGGUCAUCAUAUGUUAAACAUAUAUCAAGUACGAUGGUGGAAGACAAUUUAGUAAAAACUCCUUCGCCUCAUACAGAGCCACAACCUAAGUCCACAUCGCAAGAGAACCGUAUCAAAAUUCUAGGAAUCAGCUGGGAUGAGAACAGUGACGAGCUGUGUUAUGAUCUUGACGAGCUAGUGCAUUAUGCAAAAUCACUUCCUGCAACUAAGAGGUCAGUUUUAAAGCUAUCUGCGAAAAUAUUCGAUCCUAUUGGCCUUUUUGCACCCUUUACUAUCAAUAUGAAGAUGUUGUUUCAAACCCUCUGCUCUUCUGACAGUAAUUGGGAUGAAGAUCUGUCUGGCAAGGCCUUAUCACGUUGGAAUUCUCUCGUUCACGACUUAAGGGCUUUAAGUGACAUACGAGUACCGCGUUGUUACUUCCAUGGUGGAUACGAUUCAUCUCCGAUUCAUCAGAUACAUGGAUUUUGCGAUGCAUCGGAAUUUGCCUUUGCCGCAGUUGUAUAUCUACGAACGGAACAUAAAAACGGUGAAAUUGAAGUGAAUUUAAUAGCAGCCAAGACAAGAGUCGCUCCUAUCAAACGACAGACCAUACCACGACUUGAAUUGUUAGGCGCAACUACCUUAGCAAGAUUAGUCGAUUCGAUUGUGAAAGCGUUGACUUCAAUAAAAUGUAUCACUGAUAUUAUCUUAUGGACGGAUUCAUUUACCACAUUGUGUUGGAUUCGAAAUCAUAAACUGUGGAAGUCUUAUGUACAGAACCGCGUAAACGAAAUCAGAAAGUUAACUAGUAGUUAUAAAUGGAGACAUUGCCCUGGGGUAAUAAACUCAGCCGACUUGCCUUCUCGUGGGUGUUCCGGAAGUGAACUUGUGCAAUCUGGAAUCUGGUGGAAUGGUCCGCAGUUUCUCCAAGAUACUGAAGAAAAUUGGCCCGAAGAUCUUCAACCUGCAAAAUUGGAUGAGGACCAUUGCUACACAGAGAUAAUACAAAAUCCUCUUCCAAUAACACAUUCCUUGACGUUAACAUCGCUUCCUGACCGUAAUUGCAUCCACUUGGAGAAGAUUAUUGACCAAGAUAGAUAUGGUACGAAGAACAAACUACUUCGUGUCACAGCACAAAUUUUAAGGUUUAUCAAGAAAUCAAGAAAGCAACUAUGCUCUGUUACGUCUGAGUUGAAUGCUAAUGAGCUACUCGAAGCUGAGAGAUUAUGGAUCCGAAAUAUUCAGUCAGCCGCGUUUUCUGACGAGUUACAAUGUAUUCGAACCGGUCGUAAAAAUGUACGAGUUCAACAACUUGGUUUGUUUCUCGAUGAUGAUCAGAUUAUUCGGUGUGAAGGUCGAAUUGCCCACUCUACGUUACCUGAUAGUGCAAAACAGCCCAUUUUGUUGCCCCCUAAGCAUACCUUUUCGAAAUUAAUUAUACGCGACUGUCACAAUAUAGUACACCACGAAGGAAUUAGAGAAACUCUGAAUUGCGUUCGAGGAAAAUACUGGAUCUUGCGUGGUCGAGAGUGCGUCAAGGGUGUUGUGCGUGGAUGUAUCAAAUGCAAGAAAUUCGAAGGUAAAGCUUUCCCAACAGCGAAGGAAGCAUGUUUGCCAUCAAGUCGAGUAAGCGAAGAGCCUCCCUUUUCAAACACCGGUAUUGACUUUGCAGGCCCCUUAUACGCUACUAACAAUCAAGGAAUGGAUAAGGUAUAUAUCUGUUUGUUCACUUGUGCUUCCACUCGAGCGGUUCAUCUUGAACUUGUUUGUUAUUUGUCUGUGCUAUCGUUUCUGCAAGCUUUCCGAAGGUUUGUCUCACGAAGAGGUUUGCCGUCUAGACUAAUAUCAGACAAUGCCAAGACCUUCAAAAGUGCCUCAAGGGAAGUUGCUAAUAUACUGAGAUCAACUGACAUACAACGCGAACUGGCUUCCAAGGGUGUCAAUUGGGAAUUUAUCAUUGAAAAGGCACCUUGGCAAGGAGGAUUCUACGAACGAAUGAUACAAAGUACAAAGAGAUGUUUAAAGAAAACUCUCGGUCGAUCCUCAAUGGAUUUUGAAGCGCUUAGAACCAUUUUGGUAGAAAUUGAGGCUACCAUUAACAAUCGUCCACUUACAUAUAUCUAUGAUGACCAAGAAGGAAUUUCUUACCCUCUGACUCCAUCUCAAUUAAUUUACGGACGGCAAAUUACUCUUACGGCUAGUGAUCGACAAUUUGAAAUCAUCAGUACGAAUCGAACUCUAACCAGAAAGGCGAAAUAUCAGAAACGUUUGUUAGAUCAAUUUAUUAAUCGUUGGAGAACGGAAUAUCUUUUAAGCGUCAGAGAGACUUCACGCUUACUUCAUGGAGCACAGAAGGAGAAGAUAGCUGUCGGUGAUGUUGUUGUGUUAAAAAAUGAUCUUUCCCCUCGAAUUUUGUGGAAAUUGGCAAGAGUUACCGAGCUCAUAGUAAGUAAGGAUGGUGUUGUUCGAGCAGCAAAGGUCUGUGUUGCGAGUACUACAAAGGGUCGAUCGUCAGAACUACGUCGUCCAAUACAACAACUGAUACCACUUGAGUUGAAUAUGCCUCCAGCAAAUAUUGUGGUUCCCAAAACUACUAGUGGAAUUGAGUCUAAAGACGAAAACUCUAUGAAAACCCGACAACGAAGAACGGCAGCCGUGAUUGGAGACCUAUUGCGACAGUCAAAUAGUAAAAACUCGUGGAAAUAA